AUGCCGCGCGAUUUCAAGCCGUCGUCACUCCACCUCCGCAACGUCGAAAUCUUUCUCCAUCUAUCUGGCCAAGAACCAGCGGAUAUCGAUAGACGUCUGAAGGAAGUUUACAAGGAGCACGCCUCCGCUAGAAGUACAGUCUACAAGUGGCACACGAAGUUCGCGUCGGGUGACUAUUCCAUGGAAUAUGAAGACCGUUUGGGACGCCCGAUGGAGUUGGAUUUCGACAUGCUGCGGAGACAGGGGGAAACCGACCCGUAUCAAACCACUCGCGAACUGGCAGUCGCUCUUGGGGACAACAGCGCUUAUUAUAGGGAACGGCUGAUCAAAGCUGGUGGAGAAGUUUCUUUUGACGAGAACGAAGACAUCAACAUCCUUGACAAUUUCGUUCACAAUGAGGAUCUUGCGGAAGAAACUUUUUGGGGACUCCUUUUACGAUCGAAGCUUGAGAAGGACUAUCUAGCGAAACGAACGAAAGAACAGGAAGAGGCCGUCGAACUUCGCCGCUUACGAACCGAAAAUCGCCUCUUGCGGCAACGUAUCGACUAUCUCGAAGCUGAAUCAGCUGCGCUCGCUGACAGGCUUGUUAAAGGACAAGUGAAUCUUGCACAAGAAGCUGAAAAUUCCAUCAACAUUGCUCACGAACUGAGCAAACUUCGUGAUAUAAACUCGGACGCUCAUCGGAAGCUUGAGCAGGCAUACGACACGAUCAGGGAAUUGUCGUGUUCUCGUCAAACAUGUGGUUUGGAUGCAGCCGUACAAGUGGACGAUGCAAGCAUGAUCGAGCAUAUUCAUUCCCUCCAACAAGAGCUCAUCGAAAGUCACAUUCGUCAGGCGGAUCAUGAAAACACUAUUCGCGAAUGCAAAAUCCGCAUUUUUGAACUUGAGGCAGCUAAUAAGCGAUUGCGUGAGCACGAACCAUUCGAAGGUGUUACUGGUCUUCAGGAACAGUUAAUCUCAGUGAAGAUGCGUGAGGCCGAAAGCAGUCUUGCAGUUAAAGAAAUGCGUCAACGGUUAGCUGAACUGGAGCAGCAUUGGGCGAAAUACGUUCACAUGAGGACCUUUGAGCCUUGUGUCGCAUCUGCCGAAGCUGAUAUCGCCUCAAAUGAUUCCAGUAAUUCAACUUCACUUAAUGUUAACUCGGCGCGCGCUCGACUUGCAAAAAUUACUGCAUCAUUCAUCGGUGCAUCAUCUGAAGGAGAAGAGGAGUGUGUCACUAUCAGAGAACUAGAGGACCAACUGAUGGGCGUCCGGAUAAAGGAAGUGGAUAAUCUAGCCGAAUUGAAAGAGAUGCGCCAGAAGGUUAUGGAACUAGAAACACAGAACCAUGUAUGCACAAACCAACUUAAGAGACAAGAUGAAGAGAUGAGACGUAUUCGCGAGGAAAUCGAGGCAGUGCAGAAGGUGAGGCGUGAGGUAGAAGCUUCACUACGACAGGAGCGUCAACGUUGUGCGCAGCGCGAGUCCGAACUGAAUGAGCAGUGUAUAAUGGAGCGACUUAAGUAUUCGGAGGCUAUGCAAUCUGUACAAGAGCUUCGUCAAACGAUCACCCAACUGGAACUUAAGAAAGCCGAAGGAUGGACUCAAAAUCAACUCAGAGGGACCUCUGUUUGCGAGGUUGACGACGAUUCUACCUCCCAUUUGUCCAUCGGAUCUAAUGGCGAUGUGUUUUCGUUGGGUUCUGAGGAUAUGAAUGCCUUUAUUGCUGAUAUGACCGUCAAAGUUCCUGUAUUGGAUGAGCUUUUGGAAGAGGAAUCCAACACGGAAACCGAAGACCGUCGUCCAAAAAAGAAAUGUGACGAUGCAGAUUGUGAUGACUCUUGA